UCUUAUUUAAGAGUAGAUACAGAGACUGAGAAAAGAAGAAGAAGAAAGAAUGAUGGCAGCCAGAUGCUCUGUUCCGUCCAAAGAGGUUCAGCUCUUUCAGACCUUCACCGGCCUUCAACACCUCGCCGAAACGCGUCGUUUCAAGGCAUGGUUCUUAGAUCAAUUUGGAGUACUUCACGAUGGCAAAAAACCUUAUCCUGGUGCAAUUUUAACUUUAGAAAAGUUAGCAAUGACUGGAAGCAAGAUGGUGAUUAUAAGUAACUCCUCAAGACGUGCAUCAACCACUAUGGAAAAGAUGAAGAGCCUUGGUUUUGAUCCCUCUCUCUUUGUAGGAGCCAUUACCAGUGGAGAAUUAACACAUCAAUACUUGCAAAGGAGAGAUGAUUCUUGGUUUGCUUCUCUUGGAAGAUGUUGCAUCCAUAUGACAUGGAGUGACCGGGGUGCUAUAUCUCUUGAGGGCCUAGACUUACAAGUUGUAGAGGAUGUUGGAGAAGCUGAAUUUGUUUUGGUGCAUGGCACUGAAGCCAUGGGGACUCCUUCUGGUACUGCAAUUCCCACGAAACUUGAGGACCUUGAGAAAACAUUGGAGCAUUGUGCUGCUAAAAGAAUUCCAAUGGUGGUGGCUAAUCCCGAUUUUGUGACUGUUGAGGCGAGAGCUUUGCGUGUAAUGCCUGGUACACUGGCGGCCAAAUAUGAAAAGCUUGGUGGUGAAGUGAAAUGGAUGGGGAAGCCUGAUAAGAUAAUCUACGAAGCAGCUAUGGCCAUGGCUGAUGUGGAUGUUUCUGAUUCUAUUGCUGUGGGUGACUCUCUCCAUCAUGACAUCAAGGGUGCAAAUGCUGCUGGAAUCCAGUCAGCUUUUAUCACUGGUGGGAUCCAUGCAAACGAACUUGGACUUGUUGGUUUUGGAGAAGCUGCUGACUUAUCUUCUGUGCAAGCUCUUGCAUCCAAAUAUGAUGCAUAUCCUUCAUAUGUGUUACCUGCAUUUACAUGGUAGAAGCUGAUCUUGGGCAGACGGUUAUUGGAGAACUAGUAGUUUCUAGGUUACCCCUUGAUGAAUCUGUGGUUUGGGAUCCUCUCUUCGUCACUGCGGCAAGGUAAUUUUGCAGGUUCCUACUUCAUCAUUAGAGAAGAUGGUGCAAUCAUAAAAGCUGGGGCCUUAAAGACACGUGAAGAAAUUGUGACUGUGACUUAGGGAUUUUUGUUAUUUUUUGAGGAAAGGGAUUUUUUUGUUGUUGUUGAUAGACAUGAGUUAGGAUUCAAUUAUCUGUUGUUGUUGUCGUUGUU